AUGGAACGGGCAACCAACAUUCCGCGCACACGGUCCUCGUCCCUCUCGAAAUCAACUUCACAUAGCCACGGCCAGAACCAUGAACGAAAAAAGACGGCGAGGAGGAUGGAGGAGUGCACUGCGACGGGUUCGAGAACGGGAAGGGGACGGGGGCGGAGAUCGGGUCUCAGUGCUGGGUUGGUCUUGUUGUCGGCCGUGCUCGCGCUUUCGAACUUGAUCGUACCCGCUACGGCGCGGACCAUCGCCUACUGCUCCAGUGUGAAUACUGGUAGCGAUUACGAUUCGGUGAUCAGUGAGUUCCAGAGUCAUGGUCUCUGCUACGACAACUGCAACACGGGCACCUAUGCCUUUGCGAUCGUCCAAGGCUCGUAUUGCUGGUGCUCGAACUACGUUCCGGGAACCGACGAGUCGGUGUCCGAUUGCAGUCAGGAUUGUCCCGGAUAUCCCGACGACAAGUGCGGCGACACCCAGGCGAACCUGUACGGAUAUAUGACCCUUUCGAAUAAACCUUCAGGAACCAAGGGCGCCGAAACCACGGUGAGCACUACUUCCACGAUCCCCAAGACUACGAGCCCCACGAUCCCCAAGACUUCCACUAUUAUUCAAGUUGGACCUAUUACGACCCUUUUUAUCACGACAUCCGCGACGACCACGAAGACGGCGACGACCUCCACGACACAGGCUAGCACCCUGACGACCAAAACAACAUCAAGCAAGACGACAUCAACAUCGGCAUCCGGUGUCACGGUGACUGUCGGCGGCACCACCAUCGUAUCGACGCCAACCGCGAGCCCAACCCCCAACGACAGCACUUCGAGCAAAGACUCCAACUUCUUCUCGAACGCUGGUCGGGCUGCCGGAUUGAUUAUCGGAAUCAUCCUUGCGCUCGCCUUCAUCGUUGGCGGGGUACUCUUCUGGCGACGCCGGCGACAACAGCAACACGCCGAGCUGUACGGCGGCCCCGGUUCACCUGCAGGGGGCAUUCCGCCGGGAGGAGCAGGAGUGUUUGGUGGAAUCGGUGCUAAGACGAGAACGCGGUCGAUGAGCACGCUCGGGUUGGUGGGAGAAAAGGGAAUGCACUCGCCCACGGGCGCGGCUACCACGGCAUCCCCUGCUACGGCUGGAGAGACAACGCCCGGGACGGUGUACGAUCAACGUUUGGAUCCUAGUUCGCUCUUCAUGAGAUUCGAUCACCAGACGGGCAGUUCUCGGAUGAGUGUUCGGAGUUUGCGCGACGACACGGACUAUACACGCCGCGUUUUACGGCUCGCAAAUCCCGACGAUUCAUAG